GGGCGUGGUCUGAGCAGACUCGGGGCUGCCUUUUGCCUCUCCAAAACGCAGCGUCGCGUCUCGGGGGAGGAGUCUCUACCCUCGUGAUGUCCCCGCCCGGGUUCCCAGGCAAGUUUAGGGAAAUAAAAGGUGCCAGGUGCCAGUCCUGGCCUCUGUUGCAACCCAUCGCCCCGCAGCCCCGACACAGAUUCCUGGAUCUCAGCCCCAUAGCAGUGAUGAUCCCGCUGCUGCUGGCCGCGCUGCUGUGCGUCCCCGCCGGGGCCCUGACCUGCUACGGGGACUCUGGGCAGCCUGUAGACUGGUUCGUGGUCUACAAGCUGCCAGCUCUUAGAGGGUCCGGGGAGGCGGCGCAGAGAGGGCUGCAGUACAAGUAUCUGGACGAGAGCUCCGGAGGCUGGCGGGACGGCAGGGGACUCAUCGACAGCCCGGAGGGGGCCGUGGGCCGAAGCCUACAGCCGCUGUACCGGAGCAACAACAGCCAGCUCGCCUUCCUGCUCUACAAUGACCAACCGCCUCAAGCCAGCAAGGCUCACAACUCUUCCAAACGUGGGCACACGAAGGGUGUCCUGCUCCUCGACCACGACGGAGGCUUCUGGCUGGUCCACAGCGUACCUGACUUCCCUCCACUGGCCUCCUCUGCUGCAUACAGCUGGCCUCAUAGCGCCUGUACCUACGGGCAGACCCUGCUCUGUGUGUCUUUUCCCUUCACUCAGUUCUCGAAGAUUGGCAAGCAGCUGACCUACACCUACCCCCAGGUUUAUGACUACCAGCUGGAAGGAAUCUUUGCCCAGGAAUUCCCCGACUUGGAGAAUGUGAUCCAGGGCUACCACGUUAGCCAAGAACCCUGGAACAGCAGCGUCACACUCACAUCCCAGGCCGGGACUGUUUUCCAGAGCUUUGCCAAGUUCAGCAAAUUUGGAGAUGACCUGUACUCUGGCUGGUUGGCAGCAGCCCUUGGUACCAACCUACAGGUCCAGUUCUGGCACAAAACUGUAGGCGUCCUGCCCUCUAACUGCUCAGAUAUCUGGCAGGUUCUGAAUGUGAACCAGAUAGCUUUCCCUGGACCAGGUGGCCCAAGCUUCAACAGCACAGAGGACCACUCCAAAUGGUGCGUGUCCCCAAAAGGGCCCUGGACCUGCGUGGGUGACAUGAAUCGGAACCAGGGAGAGGAGCAACGGGGUGGGGGCACGCUGUGUGCCCAGCUGCCAGCCCUCUGGAAGGCCUUCCAGCCGCUGGUGAAGAACUACCAGCCCUGUAAUGGCACGGCCAGGAAGCCCAGCAGACAUUAUAAGAUCUAACCCUCACGGCCGGGUGCAGUGGCUCACGUAUGUAAUCCCAGCACUUUGGGAAGCCAAGGAAGGAGGAUCACUUGAACUCAGGAAUUUGAGACCAGCCUGGGCAACAUAGUGAGACUGCAGCUCUACUAGAACUUAAAAAAAAGUUAGUCCAGGCCGGGCGCGGUGGCUCAA